AUGCUUAUAAUCAAACAUUGCAGGACAGACACUGAACAAUCAAAAGGCAUGAAGCUGCAUUUCUUGAUAGCGUUUGUUGGUAUCAGUGCCUUAGCACUUGCUGAAGAACAAUUUGAAGAUGAGGCGAACGUAGAAGAUCCAAGUUACGGUUACACUGGCGUUGGAUAUAAGUCAGGACAUCUUGGAAGCAGAAAUCUUGGCAGCAGAAAUUUUGGAAGUGGACAUUAUGGAGGAAGACAUCUUGGAAGUGGACAUUUUGGAAGCGAGCAUUACGGAAGCGGACAUUUUCGCGCUGGACAUGUUAGAAACAGACAUGUUGGAAGCAGGUAUGCUAAACGCCGUCAUCUUGGAGGAGGCCGUCUCGGAGGUGGACAUGUUAGAAACAAAUAUGUUGGAAGUAGGCAUCUUGGAGGCAGCCAUCUAAGGGGUAGUCAUCUUGGAGGAGGCCAUCCUGCAAGUGGUCAUGUUAGAAACAGAUAUGUUGGAAGCAGGCAUGCUGGAAGCAGCCAUCUAAGGGGUAGUCACCUUGAACGAGGCCGUGUUGGAAGUGGACAUGCUAGAAACAAAUAUGUUGGAAGCAGGCAUCUUGGAGGCAGCCAUAUAAGGCGAAGCCAUGUUGGAGGAGGUAAUCUUGGAGGUGGAAAUGUUAGAAACAAAAAUGCUGGAAGCAGAUAUCUUGGAGGCAGUCAUGCAAGGCGUAGCCAUCUUCGAAGAAGAAAACUUGGAGGUGGUCAUGUUAGAAACAGACAUGUUGGAAGCCAGCAUGUUGGAGGCAGCCAUCUAAGGGGAGGUCGUUUUGGCGGAGGUCAUCUUGGAAAUGGAAAUGCUAAAAACAAACAUGUUACAAGCAAACAUCUUGGAGGCAGUAAUCUAAGGGGAAGAAAUCUUGGAGGAAGUCAUCUUGGAGGUGGACAUGCUGGAAACAGACAUGUUGGAAGCAAGCAUCUUGGAAGCAGUCACCCAAAGGGUAGUAAUCUCGGAGGAGGCCAUCUUAAACAUAACUGUACGUAUUUUAUGAUGCAAAAUAGAAAUAGAAAUAAAGAUGAUUCUGCACCGAUAAUGUAUUAUUUUAGAAAAUAUAAAACUUUAUUAUUAACUAAAUUUUCGAACACAACGAUAUUUGACUUUUUAUAA